AUGGAGAAUAAAAGUACAAAUUUAAUCGAAUGGACAGUUGAGGAUGUUAAAAAGGAAAUUCAAAAGACGUCUAACGAAGAUAUAGGGAAGAAAUUUGAAGGUAAGAUAAAAAUUAUGAACUUAAGAUCGGCAAAAGUGCAAACUCGAUCUCUUGAAACUUCGCUCAGUUUUCGUUGAAAAUAUACUUCAACUAACGGCAAUUAUUGAAGUUAAACAUUUUUUUAGUUUUAUCGACUUUUUUGGUGUUUUGGCUGCGUAACCUCUGACUGCUAAGACAAUAAGUAGCUUUCUUGACACUUCACGCCCUCUUUUGUUGCAGUUUUGCGAGGUCAAGUGCUUGCUUUACAUUUCCUUAUGGCUUCAUUUUUUUAGAACAGAAAAUUGACGGAAAGGCUUUGUUCUUCCUCUCAAGAGAGGGAUCUUUCGCUCAGUUGGAUGUUUGUGGUCUCAGCACCGUAGGAGACCAAAUGCGCAUGAAAGUAUCAGAAGUCCCUGGUGUUAGUGUUGAUUCACAUGGCGGACGACGAAACCACAAACCAUCUGUGAUGAACAUUAAAAAAAGUUCAGAAAUGAAUCAACGUAUAUACAAGGCCAAGUGAGUGAUCAAACAAUUAGCUGGUAACAAUUUUUUACCUGAUCUAUAAUUUUCCCAGGCCAUUUUCAAAUUUAUACCUUAUAAUGAAACAGCAUGUAAUUUUUUCUUUGCUUUUCUAAGAAAUGAACAUGAAUUAUAAUGCGGAAUAUUAUUUUUGUUGAAGCAUUUUUCAGAGACAGAUGGUCAGUUUCAUUCUGUCAUUUUCAGGAGAAAGGCAGUUAGGGCUGCUGCUAUCCAAAUGUGGCCAGGAAAUGACAUACCUACUUUCAAAAACAACCAAGAAGCUGAGCAAAAGCUAGAUAGUUUGGUAAAGGAUCUCGAGAAGGAGUGUACAUUUGCGCCAUUAAAUUUUGGAAUGGAGGGGAUAAGACAACACAUCCUAGAUGUGCUGAAUGAACGGCGAAGGCACGUGAGAAAUGGAUUUGACUACUCUCUGGUAAGCUCACUGUUUUAAGAUUUCAUCUAAAAAUGAAAACAACAAACAAAACAGUUUUCCAAAAAUUGCCUAGAGCCAUCAGUAUGUCAUGGGUAAGAAAGGCAACUGAUUAUUAACUGUCUCACCCAUACUAUACUGAUGGUUUAGACAAUUUUGGUUAACUGUCCUGGACUCUUUGUGCCCUGUGCAUGUGACGUUAUGUUGUACAGAAAAAAUGAUUUUGGCUCAUAUUAUUAAAAACUGUUUUUUUGGAAACCUAAUUGCAGCCAGAUAAGAGAACCCUUAAAAGAAAAUUAAAAGUGAAGAGUGACCCCUCAGGUGGAGAAAAUAGCAGCAACAAUUCAUCAACUUUGUCAGAUCAGUCAGGUGACACAAUGUCAGUCCAUUCAAGUGAAGAGGAAGACAGUACACCAGUGAAGCGCCUGAAAAAACUGAUCCACAAAGAACAAAUUCAGUCUGAGAGUGAAGAUUCUUCUGAUGAACCACCCGUUGCCUCUCAAAAUAAAAAUGUCAACUUUGCAACUAAUACAGAGUCUGCUGAAAAGGACAAAAAGGUAAAUACUUUUCAUGGCUACAUGUUUAUAACUUAUGCUAGCACUUGUUACUGCUAAUUUUCUGUGGUAUAAAAUCCAAUAAUUGAGCAUGUAGCUAUAGUUAAGUCAAGCUAACAUGACAGAGUAACUGUGGGCCAGUUAUUUAAACAGGGUUUAACCAGUGUUUAACAAAACCACAUUCUAAGCCAUUUUCAGUUUGCCGAACCCUUUUAUGUAAACACCAUUUAUCAUGAACAGUUUCAUGAAAGCAUAUGGAGUAAACUAGAAGAGCAUUUGUCUUCUUAAAAUAACCCACUAACAAAGUUAUCUGGAGGUCCAAAGAUUUUCUAAACCAUGGUCUAAGUUAGACUUCGUUUAAAUAACCGACCCUGUAUGUGCAGGAAGAACGAUUAAGAACAUAUGCACAUGCUUAGAAUUUUUUGAGAGUUGUUUGGAAGUUUGAGAACUUGCUGCUUUGUUCAUCUUAUCCAUAACAUGUUAUUUUACCAGUACUUCUAGUUUCAGGCUCGAGAUUUUUUUCAUUAAGAAGUGAUUUUACAAAACUGAGGAUUUUAAGUGUAAACAUGUAAACUGUUAAGUUCCAGUUUCUAACACCUUUCUGUGUUCGAUGUAGGGAGAGAUCACUGUAGACUCUCAUUUUGUUGGCUACAUGCGUGGUGUAAGAUACAGCUGGUUUUACUUCUUUUAAGAUCCUUAUAGAAAUUAAAAAAGAUGCUUGUAUUACAAAUAUAGCCAGCUGUUCAACAUAUACUUUUCUGUCAGUCUAGAACCGUCUAGAACCUCUUCAGUACUGUAAAUUUCCUGCUCUAUUAAAUAUGUAUUUUUUGUUACUCUUGCAUGUCACAGACAACAACCAUGAUGAUCGUGGUGCUUUAAAUUUCCUGCUCUAAUUUACAUUUUGUUUCUCUUAGCUCUCACAGACAGAGCAGCCACGUUGAUCAUUUGUGUUGCCUACAAUGCUAUUAAACUAUCAGAUGUGGCACGAAGCCAGUUACAGUCAUCUGGAAAGCGUCUUGGAUUAAAAAAUCUUAACAAGGAGGACAAGACUUCUUUAGUUCGCCUUGUGGCACAAGGCCUCCUCGAUCAAGGUUAUGUUAAAAUAGUGGGCAGCUUGAAGAGUCCUUCAAGAAAUGACAUCUGUAAAGUAAAGCCAUUCUAG